UUAUUGGUAGUGAUACUCUUAAUACCAAACAAGAAGAGUUUGGUGGGGGAAUACAACCACUACAAAAACUAGACCAAAUUAUUAACAACUUUUCGAAACAGUGAAUUCAAGCAUCUUUUUUUCCUCUGCAUUUGACCCCUUUCUCUCUCUCAGUCUCCAGCUCCGUGUGGACCUUGCUGGGCUGAGAUUUCAAGCUUUCUGGUUUGGAAGCUAAAUCUUGAUUCAAACACUCUCUAACGAGGUAGAAUAUGGAUUCGGGUAAGUGGUUAAUGGAGAAGAGAUCUACUUUUAGAAGUGAUUCAUUUUCUAAAGAAUAUGAGAGUGUGCUUGAAACCGGGUGCCUCUCCAUUAUCGUGCUUGGUGCCUCUGGUGAUCUUGCCAAGAAGAAGACUUUCCCUGCUCUCUUUAAUCUUUACCGCCAGGGUUUUCUGCAAUCAGAUGAAGUUCACAUUUUUGGGUAUGCAAGGACUAAGAUUUCAGACGAUGAGCUCAGAAACCGUAUUCGUGGAUAUCUUGGCAAAGAUGCCUCACCUGGGCACUCAGAAGAUGUAUCAAACUUCUUACAGUUGAUCAAAUAUGUUAGUGGUUCUUAUGAUACUGAAGAGGGCUUUCAGCUGUUGGAUAAGGAAAUUUCAGAGCAUGAAUUAGCCAAAAAGAGUGCAGAAGGAUCAUCUCGGAGACUAUUUUAUUUUGCACUUCCACCAUCAAUAUAUCCAAUUGUCUGCAAGAUGAUAAAAAAGUGUUGCAUGAAUAGAUCUGAUCUUGGCGGAUGGACUCGGAUUGUUGUCGAAAAGCCUUUUGGCAAGGAUUUGGAAUCUUCAGAACAACUUAGUGCUAAGAUCGGAGAGUUAUUUGAGGAACCUCAAAUUUACCGAAUUGAUCACUAUUUGGGAAAAGAAUUGGUGCAGAACUUGUUGGUACUUCGUUUCGCAAAUCGCUUCUUUCUACCCCUUUGGAAUCGUGACAACAUUGAUAAUGUACAGAUUGUGUUCCGGGAAGAUUUUGGAACUGAAGGACGUGGUGGAUAUUUUGAUGAAUAUGGAAUUAUUCGUGAUAUUAUUCAAAACCACUUAUUGCAGGUUCUUUGCCUAGUUGCCAUGGAGAAACCUGUCUCUCUAAAACCUGAGCACAUUCGAGAUGAGAAAGUGAAGGUUCUUCAGUCGGUACUUCCAAUCAAAGAUGAAGAGGUUGUUCUUGGACAAUAUGAAGGCUAUAGGGAUGAUCCAACAGUUCCUGACAAUUCAAACACCCCAACUUUUGCUACUGUUAUUUUGCGCAUACAUAACGAAAGAUGGGAAGGCGUUCCUUUUAUAAUGAAGGCAGGGAAAGCACUAAACUCAAGAAAGGCAGAAAUACGUGUUCAAUUUAAGGAUGUUCCUGGUGAUAUAUUCAAGUGUAAAAAGCAAGGAAGAAAUGAGUUUGUAAUACGUCUGCAACCCUCAGAAGCUAUAUACAUGAAACUUACGGUCAAGCAACCUGGACUGGAGAUGUCAACUGCUCAAAGUGAACUGGACUUGUCCUACAGGCAACGAUAUCAAGGUGUUACCAUUCCAGAGGCUUACGAACGUCUAAUUCUUGAUACAAUCAGAGGCGAUCAGCAGCAUUUUGUUCGCAGAGACGAGUUGAAGGCGGCAUGGGAGAUUUUCACCCCCCUUCUGCAUAGGAUUGACAAUGGUGAAAUGAAGCCAAUCCCAUAUGAACCAGGCAGCCGAGGUCCUGCAGAAGCAGAUGAACUUCUGUCAAAAGCUGGUUAUGUUCAAACACAUGGAUAUAUCUGGAUUCCUCCCACACUAUAGAAAUGCACAGCUCAGCAUGGUUAUCCAACCAGUCUACGAGUGACUUACUACUGCCUUUUGUUUAUAGUUUGCUGAGAGAAUUUUUAAUGUAAGCUUGAUCAAUUGCCACCCAGAAUACAAAACCUGCUGUGGUGUGUGUAAUAAGGAUCCAGCAUGAUAGAUCUGUGUAAUAAAUGUGGAGUUGAAGAGUUAUCCUAA